GUGCCACCGCGAGGGUGCGCCCUGACUCUGGUUCUGUUGCUGUGGGCACAUCGCGGGGGCAGUUCAGUCCCUGCCUACCCUUCAGCUGCUGCGGACGCCUCCAGAUUGGACUAUGGCCUCCAUCAAUAAUCUUCCAGAUGAGAUACUUCAGAACAUAUUCUCUUACUUAAGUAUCGAGCAGAUCAGAUUCCGCGUGAGAAAUGUCUGCACUCGAUGGAGGAAGCUUUCUGACCGCGAUUACAUAUGGAUAAAGAAGACCUACUCUCCAAAUAAAAACACCCAAGAAAAUGAGAUUGCGUUUAUGUUGGAGAAUAUGCCGAAACUGAGAAAAUUUCAAUACCGUGGCACUCACAAUGUCGUAGAAAAACUGUCUGAAUGCUGUAGGAAAAUCAGCGUCUUAAUAAUUCCCAACUUAACAUUAAAUCCGACACAUCUCAGAUUAACUAUGGAACGUCUAACUGAGUUGAGCACCCUUCAUAUUUUAAUUAACCCUGUCACGGAAGGUUCUCAACUCACUAGCAUUAUUGCUCAAUCAGAAACUCUACUUCAUUUAGCUUUGCGUUCUCCUAGUACACGAUCUCCGGCGGCCGGGGUGCUGAAACCCAUCGCGGACGGUUGUCCCAAUCUGAAGACGCUGAAAUGUGAAGAUUUCAACUGUCCUGACAGUGAAAUUUGUUACUUGAUGAAAUUCAAGAAGUAUCAGCUUCAAACUUACAUUCAUCCUGGACACAUCUUUGCAGCUCUGAUGAAGGCCAUGAUCGAGUGCACGAAUCUGAAAAGCGUCGCCUUCGUGGAUGGCGACAUUGAUGGCAACGUCCAUGAACUGCCUCCCAUUAAUCAUACACAGCUACAAAACUUGACUGCGCUCCGACUGUCAAACUGUACAACACGUACGCUACAAGAAAUUCCGCUAAGGUUUUUUAUUAACGUCUUACCUCGCUUAAAUUACAUUGACUUACAUCAUUCAGCCGGGAACAUCGAAACAAUCGUGAGCGAGAUCAUAGUGAAGUGUCCUUUACUUAAGCAUCUCGAUUUGGGAGGAAAUAAGGAACUUGGUUUCAGAGCGCUGGAGAAUAUAGGUUCCUGUCAGAUGCUGCAGUGCCUGUAUGUAUCGAACUGCCUAAAUCUGGGCGUCUUGGGUAUGAUGUGGAUUGCUGAAGGCUGUCCCGUUCUCGAACUACUCGACGUGUCCGACAUUCCCAUGGUGAAAGGCAUGUUCCAGCAAAUCGUGAGAUGUAGGAACCUCAAGAAACUCUUGAUGAUAAACUGCUUCUCAAAACAUGUUGAUUUCAAACUUGUCCCACCAAAUAUGCCCGGGUUAUCGUACCUCUACAUUGGGGCUAACUAUGAAUUGCCAACCAAUGCCAUAAAUAUACUGCAAGCGGCAAUGCCACGCUUGGUUAUACACAAAGUCAUGGCCCCCUUGGUUAUUGAAGAGCACCACGGGAUUAAAACUGAAUUAAUUCAAGAAUACUGUAGUCGAUGGGGUGUGUUCUAGAAAACCUGGAAAUACUUUUGUGGUGGGUAAACAGAAUCCGCUUUCUUAACUGUCAUAGCGCACAAACUUGAGUCACUGACAUCGGCCAAUAUAUGACGCCGCGUAACUGUCAUUACCGCAGCGCAACUUUCCUCUGGCUUCCGAACAUUGUGAUGUACAUCAGGACUGAAGAACCAACAAUCGAAUCAUUCCCAUACACUGACGUAGCGUUAACUUCGGCACAUUAGUAAAUAUGUUAACAGGAAGCCAAUUUUUAAAUAUUUUAUUCUGUAAACUUUUGGUGACAUUUCACUACUUCGCUUGUAUUGCAAACGUGUGACAAGUAAACAAUUACGUAUACAAGA